GUGAUCUUGACAAGGCACGUCCCCUUUGUGAGCUUUACCCGGUCAGAACAAAGCCAGCCUUGGUCCUGAUGCUCCACCUCUGACCUUGCUUAUCCCAUAUCCCUUCCUCACGGUGAUGCAGUCACAUGAUACCAAAGCCAGCAAGAACUUUAUUUUACAAUGAGGAAACGAGUCUAGACAGGAGAAGGGGCUUGCUCAGAGCCACACAAGAAUUAAGGCCAUUUUUUGGUUUCCAUAUCACAGAUCUUCAUGGUCCUCUCACCCCAUCUCCUUCCCAAUCCUCCCUCCCUGUCUACCUUCCUUUUUUUCUAAGUAUACGCUCAGAUGCUGCUCCAGCUCCGUAGCCUAAGAGUGUGUCCCUAUGGGAAGCUUUUUAAUUCAGGGCAAACACUUUUACAUUGACCUGGUGAAGGAAAUAUGGCAAUGUGCAUAUGGGGAAGACAAAUAAAGCAGUGCUUGCAAUGAACCCAGCUGGCAGCUGCUGAAAAUAGUCAGGUGCUUUUCUCCUUUCCCCCAUUGCUAAGCAGUGACAUUCCUCAAAUGUUCCGGUCUCCCAAGUGCAGACAAUCCCACUGAGGCUGCUUAUCUCCACACCAUAUAAAAAGCCCUGAGACCCAGACCAGGGAUCGCUGCACAGGGAGAAGCAGGAGGAAGACACUUUAAGAAGGCCCGGGGGCCGUUCUUCCCAGCUCCCAUGGAUGGGCUGUUCUACUUUGACCCUGUGACCUUUUACCAAGUGGUCGCUUUUCCCUUUGCUCUUCUGUUUAAUUUUCUCUGUGCCAUGGAUUCGUUCUCCAUCACUGCCAGACACAUCUUCCUCAUUCUGGGAGGCUGCCUGCUCGCCUGGAUGGCCAUGGCCCAGUAUGCGGUGCUGGUCUUCAUCCCAGCUUUCUGUGCUGUGGCCCUCUUCCAGUCCGUCAGCCCAGAGAAGGUUCACUGCUGGACGUUCUCCUUCCAGAUGACCUGGCAGACCCUUUGCCACCUGGGACUACAUUACACUGAGUAUUACCUUCAAGAACCUCCCUGCAUGAGGUUCUGUAUCACCCUUUCUUCCCUCAUGCUCCUGACCCAGAGAGUCACCUGGCUCUCUCUGGACAUCCGUGAGGGACAAGUGGUGGUAAAGGAAGCCUGGCGAAGCCCCUGCAUCCUGUCAUUUUGCAGCUAUCUGCUCUUCUUCCCGGCACUUCUGGGUGGUCCUCUGUGUUCCUUUAAGAGGUUUCAGACUCAAGUGAGUCGGUCAGAAUCACAGUGGAGGCCGCUGUCCUUCCGCCCUGCUGCCAGGAGGGGCCUGCUGCUCCUGGGGCUGCAGCUGCUGAAAGCCUUGGUGAGGGGGCUGCUGGGAGCCGGCAGCAGCCUGGCCGACUGCCACCUACUUGGCUGCACCUAUGUCAUGUGGACCACCGCUGCACUCUUCAAACUAACCUAUUACUGUCGCUGGAUCCUGGAUGAAUCUGUCCUCUGGGCAGCAGGCUUCAGCCUGGGCCCUGACCCACCCCUCCACGGGGAGGGGGACAUCUCGGACGCAGACAUCUGGACCUUGGAGACAACUCACAGGCUUGCCCUGUUCACCAGGACUUGGAACCGGAGCACCACGAGGUGGCUCCGGAGGCUUGUAUUUGAGCGGGCCGAGGCCUGGCCGCUGCUGCAGACGUUCGCCUUCUCCGCCUGGUGGCAUGGGCUCCAUCCGGGGCAGGUCUUUGGUUUCCUGUGCUGGGCGCUGAUGGUGCAGGCCGACUACCUGAUUCACGGCUGUGCCAAGGUGCUGGUCUCCGCCUGGCCGGGGAGGCUGCUCUACAGGGCCGUCACCUGGACCCACACGCAGCUCAUCGUCGCGUACAUCCUGCUGGCGGUGGAGCUCAGGAGCGUCUCCUCGCUCAGGCUGCUGGGGGCUUCCUACAACAGCCUCUUCCCGCUGCUGUACUGCACGGGCCUGAUUCUGUUAGCAAGGAAGAAGAAGCGAGCAGGAGCCUCCCCAGCCCCCUUCACCCAAUAAAUAGGGCCUUGCCAAGGUGCUGGCGUCCCUGCCCUGAGGGGCGUUACGGCCUCGUUGGGGACCAUUUAGGACAUUUUGAUCAGAGACCAGUGACAAGACAGUGGCCAAGGGAGAGCUAGCCUGGUGGGUUGCAUGGAGAUGACUGGAUGUAAAUCUGGAAGGAAGAACGGAAAAGUGAGCACAUAGCACCCAAACCAGCAGAGUGGUGGGAGCAAAGGCGUGGGGAGGGUGCGGUGGCACAUGUGAAGCAGCCAAGUUGGGGCCGAGCUGCUCAAGGUCACAGUGCUCUUGCCACUGAAAGGAAGAAGCUUAAUCCGGUUAGGGUGCGUCAGCACUCGGUCCUUUCCUGUUCUCAUGGCCCGCAGGAUGCUCCGCUGCCUUGCUCACUCACAUCACCUCUCGCCUCACGCCUGCCACCAUCUUUGGCUGCUUCUCAACUUGUGGAGGUGGUGGGCUUUGGUGGGAUUACAGGCCAAGAUGGGACCACCCUGGGGUCUGACUGUCCUUGGAAUGGAGGUCAGGGAAACAUGAAGCCCUCCUAACUCAGCCUCUUCUCACAGAUGGGAGGCUGGAACAGUUCUUUGGUCUUUUGUAGUUUCUGACUAGGUGAUCUCUGAGGAUGUUUCCACCUCUAAAAUUUUUUUUACUAAAUGGCUCAAGUUUGAAUACAACGUGAUUUUUAAAAUAUGAGAUUUUUAUGUGUUUCAUCAUUCCAGGACCCAUGAUUUCAUAAGUCUAGGAGCCUGACCAUACUUCCACAAAAAAAGUAAUAACAUUGUUUGGUGAUAUUACAAGUUAAAUGAAAUCUAAACACUCCACUUCAUCUUGAAAGAGCCUUUUCAUAACAGGCCCUGCUGGCUUCUGUUCUGGAAGUUUCCACUUCUGUGGGUCUUUUUAACAGUGAGGAAGGUCUAAAUGAAUGGUGGCAUGAGAAUGUAAUAGAAUAUUACCACAGGGUAAGACACAAAGAGAUGAAGAAUUCAGAGAAGCACGACAGGACUUUCCGUACUGAAGCAGCCAUGUAAGUGGAAGGAAACAAUAUACACAAAGACAUGACAAACAGGAUGGUUUCAGAAAAUCCUGGCAAGACUUAGAUGAACUGAUACAAAGGAAAGUAAGAAGAACCAGAAUGUUGUACACAGUAACAGCGAUAUUGUAAUGAAAAUCAGUUGUGAAGGACUCAGCUAAUCUGAUCAAGACAAUGAUUUGAGACAAUUCCAAAGGUCUCAUGAUGAAAAAUGCCAUUUACCUCC